AUGAAUCUUUGUUUAUCUGAUGCUGCCAAAACACAAGCUAUUCGUAAUUCAUUUAAAUACUUACAAACUAAAAAUAUUGAUUUAGUAAAUGCCCUUGAUAGAGUAAAUCAGGUAACAAUCCAACUUCAAAUAUUAAGAGAUAAUGCAACUGAUGAAUUUAAUAAGAUUUAUGAAGAAGUCAAUCGUUUAGGAGGUUUAAUAAAUGUGGAAGAAAGUAUGCCAAGAAUAUGCAUUACUCAAAGAAACCGCCAAAAUGUUCCUUUUCAAAAUACUGAAGAAUUUUAUAGGAGAACAGUUUUUAUACCUCACUUAGAUGAUAUAAUUUUAUCAUUGCAUGAACGUUUUUUUAUCACAUCAUGA